GGAGCUUUCGUCUCCGCCGCCGCGGGCCGGGUCUGUGAGGAAGGCCUAGGCGGUCGGCUUCGCGCCUUGUCGAGCGUCCGCGCAGCGUCUCCCGCUUCCCCUCCGCUGCGGCCGGGCGGCCUUCCGGAGCCAUGGAGGACGAGGUGGUUCGCAUUGCCAAGAAGAUGGACAAGAUGGUGCAGAAAAAGAACGCGGCUGGUGCAUUGGAUUUGCUGAAAGAGCUUAAGAAUAUUCCCAUGACCCUGGAAUUAUUACAGUCCACGAGAAUUGGAAUGUCUGUCAACGCUAUUCGCAAGCAGAGUACAGAUGAAGAAGUCACAUCUUUAGCAAAAUCUCUCAUUAAAUCCUGGAAAAAACUAUUAGAUGGACCAUCAACUGAUAAAGACCCUGAAGAAAAGAAAAAAGAACCUGCAAUUUCAUCACAGAAUAGCCCUGAAGCAAGAGAAGAAAGUAGUUCCAGUGGCAAUGUAAGCAGCAGAAAGGAUGAGACAAAUGCUCGAGAUACUUACGUUUCAUCUUUUCCUCGAGCACCAAGCACUUCUGAUUCUGUGCGGUUAAAGUGUAGGGAGAUGCUUGCUGCAGCUCUCCGGACAGGAGAUGACUAUGUUGCUAUUGGAGCUGAUGAGGAAGAACUGGGAUCGCAGAUUGAGGAAGCUAUAUAUCAAGAAAUAAGAAAUACAGACAUGAAAUAUAAAAACAGAGUACGAAGUAGGAUAUCAAAUCUUAAAGAUGCAAAGAAUCCAAAUUUAAGGAAAAAUGUGCUGUGUGGGAAUAUUCCUCCUGACCUAUUUGCUAGAAUGACAGCAGAGGAAAUGGCUAGUGAUGAGCUCAAAGAGAUGAGGAAAAACCUGACUAAAGAAGCCAUCAGGGAGCAUCAGAUGGCCAAGACAGGUGGGACCCAGACUGACUUGUUCACAUGUGGCAAAUGUAAAAAGAAGAACUGCACAUACACACAGGUGCAAACUCGUAGUGCUGAUGAGCCAAUGACAACAUUUGUUGUAUGCAAUGAAUGUGGAAACAGAUGGAAGUUCUGUUGAGUUAGAAGAAUCGGCGUGGUAUCCGGACCAUUAAGAAAAGUGGAUUUUGUAAUUAGCUUUAAAAUUAGGCCAGGCAACUCAUUUCCCUGCAAGUGAGAUUUGUAACAAUACAUGUCCCAUGAGUUGGUCUUUGGUUUUCACCUAACGUUCUUUUUUAUAUGCCUUCUGUGGUCUCAGAUCAGCUAGGAGACGAUAGAAUAAGUAUAUAAUGUGUUGCUUUUUUUUAAUAAGUAAGUUGAUGUUAUAUUUUAUUAAAUAUUAACUUUUUACAGUCUAGAACACAUAAAAAUUCUGUUUUCUGUUGUUGCAUAAAGACAAAUUGCCUUUAGGUACCUAAGAUGUUAAAGGAGGAGAAAAGGAAUAAUAUAAAUUUUAGAGUUACCAAAUAUACUAUGUAUCCCCAUAGUACCUGACCAGCUUCUCAAAAUUGUGCACACUAUUUAAACUAGCA